AUGGAGCGCGCAUGCGCGGCGUGGUGCGCGGUGCUGGCGCUCGCGACGCUCGCCGCCGCCGGCCCGCGCUACAGCUCGCGCAUCGUGCACACGCAUGCAGGAGCGAUACGAGGCAUCAUAGUGGAGCCAGCGUCUCGGCGCCUGGAGCCCGUGGAGGUGUUCUUGGGCGUCCCGUACGCGGGGCAGCCGGCGCGCCUGGCGCCACCCCCGCCAGCGCCGAGCUGGUCUGGCACCAGGCUCGCCGACGCCUUCGCGCCCGUCUGUCCGCAGCGGUGCCCGGAUAUAUCCAACAAGACCGCAGCACUUUCAAAGAUGCCGCUGGGCAUAUACAACGAGCUGAAGGUCACAGUUCCUCUCCUCGCCAACCAGAGCGAAGACUGUCUGUUCCUCAAUAUAUAUGUGCCCGGUAGCGGUGCGCGCGGCGUGGAGGCGCCGUAUGCGGUGGUGGUGUGGGCCGGCGCGCCCUCCCACGAGUGGGGCUCGCCCAACGUGCUCGACGGCGCCGUGCUCGCCGCGCGCGCUCAUCUGCUCGUCAUCACUAUUAACUAUAGGAUAGGAUUACUAGGUUAUCUAACAACGGGCGUGAAGUCCGACCCUAUACAGCAGGCCGGCGGCUCGGCUAUCUUGGAUGUGAUCGCAUCUCUGGGCUGGGUACGAAGGAACAUCGCUGCCUUCGGAGGCGACCCUCGGAGAGUGACCCUGGCUGGUCAUGCCGCGGGAGCUGCGCUCGUCAACGCUAUGCUCAUGGCGCCGGAGAGUAAAGGUCUGGUGUCCCGAGUCCUGCUGCUAAGCGGUUCAGCAUUAAGUCCGACAGCAAUGGCCCCCGACGCGGCGUUGGCGAGAGACCACACGGCGCAGUCUCUGAGAUGCGUGCCGGAGACUUCCGAUGAUGAAAAUUGGUUGGUGGAAUGCAUCAGGGCUCGUCCUCUCGCGGCGCUGUUAGCUGUGGAUGCUCCUCGGGCGAGGUUCCUGGCAGGCUGGGCGCCGUCGGUGCCUCUGCCGCGGGACAGUCCCGUGCAAGUCCAGGCUCCAACGAGAGCCCUGCACGCGAGUGACGCGUUCUUAGAGUGUGCGCUCGCGGUGGUCGUCUCCACUACCGAGAGCUACCAGUUCUUUAGUGAAGAUGACAUUAGACAUGGAUUUGAGGAGGAGCAUCGAAACCGCAUCCUCCGCACAUACGUGCGCAACGUGUACCGGUACCACCGCAACGAGAUCUUCGCGGCGAUCCGCAACGAGUACACGGACUGGGAGAAGCCGAUCCAACACCCGAUCAACAUCCGCGACGCGACGCUGGAGUCGCUGAGCGACGCGGCGGGCGCGGCGCCGGCGCUGCGGGUCGCGCAGCUGCACGCGCGCCGCGGCGCCAGCACCUACCUCGCGCAUCUCGCGCACCAGACCAGGGACGCCGACUACCCGCAGCGGUUAGGUAGCGUGACGAGCGAAACACUCCCGUACUUCCUGGGCCUCCCGUUAGUGGGAGGAACGCCUAUUAACCCCAGGAACUAUUCCCGAGGAGACGUAUCCGUCGCGGAGUCCACGGUGUCACUCCUGGCUGCGUUCGCGAAGACUGGAGACCCCACUCCGAAGUCCGACGAGAGACAUCACGACACCAUCUCGUGGCCGCGAUACGAGAUCAACACGCAGCAAUAUCUUAGUAUAGGUACGAAGCUGCGCGUCAAGAGCCACUACCGCGGGCACAAGAUGGCGCUGUGGCUGCACCUGAUCCCUCAGCUCCACAGACCCGGCGCCGCGCCGCGACAUCACCAGUUCAGAUCCGUUCACCCCGACAUGUUCGCUGGUGAGAUUUUCCCCGAGCUGUACACGACAGCGGCGGCUCUAGAUGAUGAGGAGGACAGCACGGAGGCGGAGGAAGAUUCCUCUGAAGUGGAGGAGUGCGAGCCGUCGCCUUCCCCGCGGCCCGCGCUCUCCGCGCUGCCUUCCCCGCACCCUACCCCAAAGGAGGACUCGUUAACCUUGGACUCGCAAUAUUACAGCUACACGGUGGCCCUGGGCGUGACGGUCGGCGCAGGGUGCUUCCUGCUCGCGCUGAACGUGCUCGUGUUCGCCGGCAUCUACCUGCAGAGGGGGCGCAGGAGGACCGCGCACAGGAGACCCAGGAGGGAAGGGAGCUGCAGCAGUCGCGCGGGCGCGGUGUCUCUGAACAGUGAGCCGACGCUGCCCGUCUCCCCGCGCAAGAGCACCCUCAAGCGCAGCAGCGAAUCAGAGUUAAAAGAGAGACAAGGCACCGUCGCGCCACCAAAAAAGCGCGUCCAGAUCCAAGAGAUAUCAGUGUAGAGCCGUUCUGAAGCCGAUAAACAUUGACGUGCUAAAAGGAUUUCACAGUGAAACGUCUUGGGAACGGUUUAACAGCUGUGAAUUCGGAACGUACUUUAUAAAAUGUGAAAUAACGUUGCUUCUAAGUGAUAUAUGUUGGUGAGUGUUAGACGUAUAAAAUCGGUUUCUACAUUAUAUCUUAUUGUUAGACAAAUUUCAUUACAUAUAUUGUGACGUCACGGACUGAGCGUGCGUACUAAAUACUAAUUGAUGGACUAAACAGGUAAAGUGAUUAUCGUGUACUUCGCGCUGUUUCCAGCGAUAACUUUAAGUAGAUGGUGACGCCGUACUGUCGGACUUUAUAACGUAUUGUAGAGAUGUAUUGUCUUGUAUGUGACUACAAAUCAGUGAGGCAAGUUGUGAACUCGACGCGGAGUUGAGGUAAAGUGAUAAGAGUUGCAUAGAUAUAAGAUUAAACGCACAAACUUAAGACUUGGGGGCUGCUUUACAACUUCUAAGUUGAGCUGCUCACCACAUAGAUUUAUAAACCAACCACAUACAAGAGAUCUUUGCUCCCCAAUAAAUGGUAAUAAAAUGCGUGUCGCCUUUAGCUUUUUAAAAAGAUAACUAAAAGCAAAGUCUUCGAAAC